GGAAGUUGCAGAUGACGUCCCUCUAGGAAGACUCGCCGACUCCCCUCACUGAUCUGUCACCACUCACCAGACGUAAACAUUAAGCACCCCUGCCUGGUUCACCUGUUAUCCUAUGGAUCGCUUUCUCAGUAGAUUGACCCUCUUCUGAAAGUUGAUGCUAGCCGUCGUGGGGUGAGGUGCGAGGUCAAACACGACAAAUUGUGACACAGUAUGGUUGCAAUUCUCACAGCUGUACUGAUGACUGCAGCAGAGAUAUCCAACAUAUUUUCAGCUGUUGGAGUUGUGAUAUGCUUUAUUUGCAUGGUCAUCUUCAUCAUGCGAGUACAAGGAGACAUGUUUGGCACCUCAGUAGUGCAUGUGGCUCAGCCUCCCAUAGCACAGAUGGCUUACCAGAAAGUUGAAGUACCGUUUUCUGUGGGACUGCACAUGGCACAAGAUGCUUCAUUCAGUGAUGUCCAGAUUAAGGUUCGCAGUCAAGUAAACUAUGCCCUACGGAGCUUCUGGGGGGUGCCGUCUGAGCGCCUCCACAUGUUGCUCGCUGCACCCUGGACAGGCUUCUUUCUGCACUUGAUGGAAGAACCAUCAGUUGGUGCUGAGGUUGUUGAUGAAAUUCUAAGAGAGGAUGUCACUGAGUCUGCUGAGUCAGUGAAACACAUCAGCCUUGCUCCUGAUGCACCAGAUCUGUCCCUGGGCUCUUCACCACGCAGGAAAUAUCCUUUGGUGGUUUGUGUUACACGAUGUGAUGCUUCACAGGAAACUGACGACAGCAGAGUGGGGGCCCUGAUUGCUAUCAUACACAUCAAGGAUGGGGAGUGCCAGGUGCCAACCUGUAUCCUCCACCAGUAUCUAAAGCAGUACUCGGGCCAGCUCACUAAGUUGGAGGCUCUUUAUACACAAAGUAGCACAACCACUACCAGAGAGAGCACCAGACCUGAGGAAAAUACUGGGGAAGAUGAGGAAGAAGACAUUCCUAUAGAGGAAGCUUGUGUAGUGUGUCAAAUCAAGAGGACAACACGGGCCUUGCUUCCCUGUCGACAUGUGUGUGUGUGUGAUUCCUGCUGCAGCCGUCUAGACAACUGUCCUAUGUGUCGCACUCGCAUCCUUGCCUAUUUCCUUGUUGCUCCUGAGGACUCUACCAGUCCAAGACAAGACCACCCAGGAGGAGAGGCAGAUGAAAUGGACCCUCCCUCAGCAUGGCAUCGUUUCAGUGGUACUGUGAAUCGGAUGAUGGGGAUUGAAAACAAUCAGUGAAGUGCUGAAAUAUUUGAUGCAUACUACUAAUGUGUUUGCUGAUUUGCAAUGUUAGUAGAAAUGUAUGCUCUUCAAGAAGAAAAUGAAAACCUGUCCAGUAUUUUUCCUUUUGUAAGUAAGUAAUCUGCAACUGUCAAGCGUGGGAGUGGUAGUCUUGAGGUGCAGUGUUGGCUACAGUUAUAUUUCCAGAUGGGGACUAAAUAAGAAGGAACUUACUGAAGGUCAUGAUAUUGUAUUGUUUAUUGUGUAUUCAUUCCUACGUCAUGUAUACAUCUUUGUCCAGUGAAGUCAUGAUGACUUUAAAACUUAAUUGUAUUAAUGUUCGGAGAAUUUUGUAUGAUCUGUUUAUCCUCCUUAGAAGGCAGCAGUAUUCUACCUAUUGUAGAUCAUGACAAUGUUGUUUGAUGCUUUCAAUAAAGACUACUUAUGCA